AUGGCAAGAAAUUUUUUAGCAAUUCAAGCUACAAGUACUCCAGUUGAAAGAGUAUUUUCUAGUAGUAAAAAUCUUAUAACUGAUAAACAAAAUAAUUUAAGUUCAGAAACUAUUAGAGCUUGUAUGUGUUUAAAAGGAUGGUAG